GUUUGAUCUGCCAUUUUUAAUUUGUUUUCAGAUUUUCUACAAUUUGAUGGUUUUUAUGGGAAAUACAUAGUAAAAUGGAUGCGAAUGACCUAAAAUAGUAUAAAAUGGUAAAAAACCACUUAGUUUAUUAGAUUUAGCUACAGUUUAUAUAAAUAAGCGUUUCUGACGUUUAGCUUGAUAGUGAAACUUGUAAACGUUAGCGUUUGUGAUCAUGGCGGAAUAUUUAGCGGCUAUUUUUGGUACUGAAAAAGACAAGGUUAACUGCUCCUUUUAUUUCAAAAUCGGGGCUUGUCGACACGGUGAUCGGUGUUCGCGUAUACACAACAAGCCGACUUUCUCUCAAACUGUUUUGCUGCAGAAUUUGUAUGUAAACCCUCAAAACUCUGCCAAGUCAGCCGAUGGAAGUCAUUUGGUUGUUGCAAAUGUCUCUGAUGAGGAAAUGCAGGAACAUUAUGACAACUUCUUUGAAGAUGUAUUUGUGGAAUGUGAGGACAAGUACGGAGAGAUUGAGGAGAUGAAUGUUUGUGAUAAUCUGGGUGAUCACCUGGUGGGAAAUGUUUAUAUUAAGUUCCGUCGCGAGGAAGAUGCUGAAAAAGCUGUAAAUGACCUGAAUAACCGUUGGUUUGGUGGGCGUCCUGUGUAUGCAGAGCUCUCACCUGUCACUGACUUCCGUGAGGCAUGUUGUCGUCAGUAUGAGAUGGGUGAAUGCACUCGCAGUGGCUUCUGCAACUUUAUGCACUUGAAACCUAUUUCUAGAGAGCUGAGGAGAUAUCUGUACGCGCGACGCAAGGGCGGUCGUAAGUCGCGCAGUCGGUCGCGCGAACGCCGCCGUCGCUCGAGGUCGCGCGAGCGUCGCCGCGAGCCACCGCGCAACUCGCGCUCGGGCCGCUACUAGUCGCGCGACUGACGACUGCCGCAACCACUGCACAAUCGUGAACACCAUUCACAUCUUUCACAUAGGUACUAUUUUCAAGUAUUGUUAUACAAAUAGAUCACAGAAAUGUUAUUUAAUAUGAUUUGUGACAGACAAUACAAUAUCCUAAUAGCUGAGUAUUUAAACUUAGAUAGUCAGCUAGUUAAAAUUUUUAACAGUGGGUGAAAUUAUAGAUUUUUAUACCCUGGCCUCGUACAAUAAGUGCUAGUGACAAAUAUAACUUGAAAGUUUAAAUAUGCAUUAUGCAUGUUUUAUUUUUUAAGUACGUACCUAUGUGGGCAAAUGUAGUGUGUUCACGAUUGUAAAGGCGCGGAUCCACCGCAGCGCACGGAGAGACUACGCACAUGCUUCAAGCUUCGCUUUGCAAGAAAAUAUAUGUGACUGUGUCCACUGCAACCCACGGACACGCUACGUAUGAAUUGACACACGUGGCUUGCUCGAAUAUGAUGCACACGUAGCUCAACGCUGCCUACACUAUGCAUGCUGUACACGGGAUACACGGAAGCUAAGCGGAUUUAAACUAUGUAACAACAAUAAUUGUGUACAUAGUCGUGAGCAAUGUGUCUGUAUAGCGUGUGCUGCAGUGGAAACGUUGACCCACGUAGUCAAAGAAAUAAAUCCGUGCACAGCGUGCGCCGCGGUGGAAUCGCGCCUUUAUAAACGAUUAGUAUGGAUAAACUUUGAUGAAGUUAAUUUGUAAUGUAUCAAUGAAAGUAUUGCAGUGGAGACUUCCAAUUAUAUUUUAAGAUAAUUCUACAAUGUAAUAUAAGUUUUGACAUA